GAAGCAGGCAGGCCAACUUGCAGAGAGCAGCUCAGCCUCGACCGCGGCUGCUUCCUCCAGAGCAUCGCGCUCCAUGUGCGCCGCUGAGACCGCUGGAUGUUUCUGACGCGCCUCGCCAGGAGUCACCAUGUCCAACCCGACCCACGACCCGUUCUACUCCUCCCCGUUCGGACCCUUCUACAGGAGACACUCGCCAUACAUGGUCCAGCCCGAGUACCGGAUCUACGAGAUGAACAAGCGGCUGCAGGCGCGCACAGAGGAAAGUGACAGUUUGUGGUGGGACGCUUUUGCCACAGAGUUCUUCGAGGAGGACGCCACCCUCACACUCUCCUUCUGCCUUGAAGAUGGACCAAAGAGAUACACCAUCGGCCGGACACUGAUCCCCCGUUACUUCAGCACGGUGUUUGAAGGAGGCGUCACGGAGCUCAGCUACAUCCUCAAGCACUCCAAGGAGUCCUUCCACAACUCCUGCAUCACACUGGACUGUGAUCAGUGCACCAUGGUCACGCAGCACGGGAAGCCCAUGUUUACCAAGGUUUGUACGGAGGGUCGUUUGAUACUGGAGUUUGCCUUCGAUGACCUGAUGAGGAUUAAGACGUGGCACUUUACUAUCCGGCAGUACCGGGAACUCAUCCCUCGCAGCAUCCUGGCCAUGCACGCACAAGACCCUCAGGUGCUGGAACAACUGUCCAAAAACAUCACUCGCAUGGGCUUGACCAACUUCACCCUCAACUACCUCAGGCUGUGUGUCAUCCUGGAGCCCAUGCAGGAGCUCAUGUCAAGACACAAGACCUACAACCUCAGCCCCCGGGACUGUCUCAAGACAUGUCUGUUCCAAAAAUGGCAGAGAAUGGUAGCUCCACCAGCUGGACAUCCACAGAACUUCAAAACAGAAAUUUUCCCCACAAAUCACAAAAAAGGUCGCGCCAAAGCUGAGCCUGCCCGACAGACAACGACGAAGAGGAGGAAACGGAAGAACUCAGCCAGCAGCGCCAACAGCAGCGUGGGAACCGCUGCCGGCAAGAAGCGCAGUCCCGCCACCAACUUCAGCCUCUCCAGUCAGGUACCUGACGUGAUGGUGGUGGGUGAGCCCACACUAAUGGGUGGGGAGUUUGGGGAUGAAGAUGAGCGCCUGAUCACUCGCUUGGAGAACACGCAGUAUGAUGCCACCAACGGUUUGGAUGAUGAGGACGACUUUACCAGUUCGCCUGCUCUGGGAAACAACACCCCCUGGAACAGCAAACCCCCCGCUGCCCAGGACAGCAAGCCUGAGAACACAGCACCACAGCCCUCGCAGUAAAACCGCAGAAGAGAAAGAACAGAUCCUUGGCUCCAUGUGGACUGGGCUUUUAACCCCCCCUUCCCCAAAGGGCAGUUCUUCUAUACUUUUCAACAUCUUUGUGAAUCAGAACCCCUGUCUCCAAGCUCACGGCUGGCUCGCCCAGCCUGGCUCUGUUUAUUGGAACAACCAGGAGAACCCUGAGAACUGUCUGCACUGUUCAGCAAUACCCACAGACAAGUUAUGCAUACAAGCUGUAUGCAACUGUAAUUUAAAAAUAGCAAAGCAAACCGAGGCUUACUUGAAGAAUGCACUGAGAACCGGCAGAUCAAAUUCUCCGCCCUGGACCCACAGAUAUGAACCUAUCGUCUGGUGGAAUACCACAGCUGUGAUUGCUUGACCUGCAGGUCAGAAGUCAUCAUGCUGACAGUAGACAGUGGGAAGGAAAGAAGAAGAGUAAAAACAACAAACAAAAUGUCUCAGACAUUGAAAAUUUGUGAAGGGAAUGUGGUUUUAACAGCCAGCAGAGCCCAUGGAAGCAUCUCACCACAAUGGGGACAAAUGAAACAUUGUUUGGGGCGAUUGCAUUUUUAUUGGAAAUUGAGUCGGCUGUUGGUUUGCUUCUGUUGUUGCUUUUUAUUUUCAUUUCCAAUUAAGAGGAAAUAAACGUGCUCUGCCAAAAUGGACUUUUUUCAAAUGAGAGGAAAUCGCAGUUGGAUUGUUUUUCCACAUUACAGCAGUCGUCACAGAUUGUGAUUUCAUGCAAACCAGUUUGAUUGUGUUCGUAGUCUUUUGGUAUUUUGCUUCUCUCUGAAUCUUUUGCAGUCACAUUGUAAUUUGCGUGAACAUUGUCAACAUGCUUUGACGCAUUAAUGUUGUUGAUUUCUUUAUACGUUUCUUAAAAUUGGACUUCGUUUCCCUUUAACGACCUAUUCCCAAACUGACAAUAAAACCUUUUCCUGCAUGAUUUUAUAGGACUUUUAUUUUGUUUGAUAUCUGUGCUUUUAAAACACAUCCAUUGAUUUGACCUUUUGGGUUGAUCAGUUUGGGAACACUGUAACAAGGUUUGUAGCUCUGUAUAUAAGGAUGGAAUCUAUUUUGUCCACUGUAAAUCAGCCACUGAAAGCAGUCUGAAUUUGGCAGCUGUAGUGUUUUAGUCCCAGAGGUGAACGUUUCUGUGGGGUGGCAAAGGCAAAUGCUGGUUCACCUCUUUUAGAAAAAAAAGUCAAAUGUUACCAGGUCUCUUUAGUGACUACAGAACCAAAGCAAGACUUGACAAGAGCAAACACACAGAUGAGUUUUCAGCAACAACGUCAAUAAAGCAGUUGUACUUUUCUAAGCUGAAAUGAAAUGCAAUCCACCCCACAGAAACACGUUGAGAUUCCUGUGUUUGUGCUCACAAGUGUUCUUUAACUGAAUUGAUUCUCAAGUAUGCCACUGACUUGCUUUGUUAGAUUUUUGUUGAAAAUGAGCAGGAACACAAUGGCAGAGGUCUUUCUAAUUGAAUCUAAUGGGUAUUUAUUUGUGCAUUUGUAAGGAUGCUAACACAUUUCUAAAUAUGUUUCAACCUACUGUUAAUAGACAUCAUUUGUACAUUAUAUAGCAAAAGUGUUCAGUGUCAUAUCUGAUGUCUGGUAUGUAUGCUUUAUCAUUAUGUGUGCCAAUAAACCGUGCUUACAAAGACUGAA